CUCUCAAAUGUGAUCCCUAACGGCCAUGAGUGCUCAAAUGCCUGUUGCCAGGUUACCAUCCAACACAGUGAAAAGCAACACUGUGUAUGCGAGCGGCAUGAAGAAGCACCGUUGACCGCCCAUCUCUAAAUAAUGAAUCACCAGCAUGUUCCGAGCGGACGAAGGAGGAGAUGAAUAGGAGAGUGUUAUUGGGAUCGAAUCCGCCACGCUGGGACUUCCGGGGGGCAAGCCAUGCAGCUCCAGUCUGCAACGCACUGCAAGUUGUCUGGUUUCAUCCUGAAUGAAAGAUGCACCGUGUCGUCGAAAAUGGAAGUCCACCGUGAGCAGAGCAUCUGUCAGGCGCGGGCUGCCGUCAUGGUGUAUGACGACGCCAACAAGAAAUGGGUCCCGGCUGGCGGUACCACGGGUUUCAGCAGAGUCCACAUUUAUCACCACACGGGCAACAACGCCUUCCGGGUGGUGGGCCGCAAAAUUCAGGACCACCAGGUGGUGAUAAACUGUGCCAUUCCCAAGGGACUGAAGUAUAACCAGGCAACGCAGACCUUUCAUCAGUGGCGUGAUGCACGGCAGGUGUACGGCCUCAACUUUGGCAGUAAGGAGGAUGCCAAUGUAUUCGCCAGUGCCAUGAUGCAUGCUCUGGAGGUGCUUAACUCUCAGGAUGCAGGUCCCACUUUGCCAAGGCAGAGCCCUCAGGUGCAAAAUGGCCCCUCACCAGAGGACCUGGAAAUCCAAAGACGGCAGUUGCAGGAGCUUCAGUGUCAGAAGGAACUUGAGCGCGAGAGGCUGGAAAGAGAGCGCCAGGAGCGAGAGCGGUUAGAGCGUGAACGUCUGGAACGUGAGCGGCUUGAACGCGAGAGGUUGGAGAGGGAGAUGAUGGAACGGGAGCGCAUGGAACGGAAGCAGCAGGAGCGCGAGCGCCUGGAGAGAGAACGGGCAGAGCAAGAGCGACUAGAGCGGCUGGAGCGCGAACAGCAGGAGAAAGAGCAGCUGGAAAACCAACGAGCAGAAGCAGAGCUGCUAGAGCAUAAGCGUGUUGAAAGGGAAAGGCAAGAGAGGGAACAGCUGGACAGAGAGCAGCUGGACUGGGAGAGGGGAAGGCGCGUCUCUAACGCUGCCUUUGAAAGCACCCUCCACACCCCUCCACCUCCAGACUGCACCAAGAGCUCUGCUUCCUCCUCACCUGUCUCACCUUCCACUCCCAACUACCCUCCACCUACCUCAUCACCCUCGGGAGUCAUGCCACCGACCCCUCCCCUGCGCCACUCUGCUUCUCGCUUUGCCACCUCCAAAGGCUCUGCCUUUCACCCCGUUCUGCCCCAUUAUGCCACUGUACCGCGGCGCCAGCCGGCUCAGCCCACACCCAUAACCCAGCCUCCUGUUUCGACUUCAACUCCACCUUAUAAAUCUGUGGUCUGCCAGUCUAACAGUUUCACCCCCUUACCUCCCUCACCUCCUGUCAUGAUUAGCAGUCCUCCUGGCAAAGCCACCGGCCCACGACCGGUCAUCGCUGUCCCAGCCACAAGCCCUCUUUUUUCACACUCAUCUACAGCAUCCAAUGGGCCACCUGCACCUACCCAGUAUCAUGCUUCUUCACCAGUUUCGGGUCAACCCCUCCCUUCACCCCCAACUCCUCCCCCACCCCCUCCUUUCUUGCCCCCAUUCAGCACUCCCACAUCAUUCCAUGUGUCCUGUCCCUUACCCCAGCCUCCUGUUGUCCCUUCUCCUUCUACAGCCUACCCCGCCAAUGCUGAACGCUCUGUAAACUCGGUGCUGGGAGACUCUUCUGCUCCAGAGCCGGAAUCAGUUCAGGCAGUUCCUACUCCGCCUCCUCCACCUCCUCUUCCACCUGGCUCUGCUGUGACUCCCACCACUUCUGGAACUCCUGUUACUCCUGUUACUGCUGCCCCACCUCCCCCUCCUCCUCUUCCACCCUCACUUACUCCUACAGGCCCACCUCCUCCUCCUGGACCACCACCACCUCCCUCUGGCCAGGUCCCGCCUCCAGCUCCUGCUCCUCCUCCGCCCCCAGCCCCACCUCUGCCCUCUGGAUUCUUCACUCCUUCGCCUACUAGUGAUGAGAACAAGGCUCUGUCUGGCCUGGCAGCUGCCCUCGCUGGUGCCAAACUGCGGAAAGUGGCAAGGACUGAUGAGCCCUCUACUGCGAAUGCUGGAAGUGUGGUGGCUCCCAGUGCUACCAAGCCGGAGGCAGCCAGAGGGAAUGGCCCACUGCCUGGAGGAGGAGGACUCAUGGAGGAGAUGAGCGCCCUGCUGGCCAGGAGAAGACGAAUUGCAGAGAAAGGAUCAUCACCAGAGCCUGAACAGAAAACUGAGGAAAUUGAGGCAACCAUUACUCCAAAAGUAUCAGCCUGUAGCACACCAGACAUGCCCAGAAAACCUUGGGAAAGGACAAGCACCAUGAAUGGUAGCAAAUCACCAGUAAUCGGAAGACGGGACGUACCAUGGAGAAAUCAGACAAGUAUUGAAAAGUACCCUGAUUCUUUAAACAGACCAAGGUCAACACCCACUCCUACUGGAUCCCUAAGUGCCAAUGGGGUGGCAACAGAAAGCCUGGACUAUGACAGAUUGAAACAGGACAUUUUGGAUGAGAUGAGAAAGGAACUGUCAAAGCUUAAGGAAGAACUUAUUGAUGCAAUCAGAGAGGAGCUGGGCAAGUCAAGUUCUGCAUAGAAGAACAUGGCAUCCCUGUGAUUUCUAACCAUGGCGCAUUACUCAAGGCCAGCUUCAGUUCUGACACUUUUUUCAAAAUGCAAGAAAUAGACUUUUUUUUAAACAAAAAAAAAGCAUUUUAAAAUCAUAGUGAUAACAGUAUCCAUAUUAAUUUUGAAUUUGAGGGCAAUGCUAUUUUAAGGCAAACAAAUGCCGGGCUAGAAAGUAGACAUGUAAUAGGGGCUAUUGGGCUAUAAGGUGUGCUCUGAUGUUUCUCCAGUGGAUGGGACGCUGCCUUACAAAAACUGACUGUCAAUAUAAAAUGGAUUACUCAAUCAGAGAAAGAUGGCAACUCAUUGCAAGAAGGGAUGAAAAACAUGAAACCUAUUGCUGAACUGCAUACUGUAUUUACAAUAGAAGAGGGAGACUGCUUAUCCAGCAGUUGACAUUCAUUCUUUGGCCAAACAAACUGAAAGACUGGAUAUAGUUUCUUACUGCAGGACUUUGUAAAGCUUGUCUUCCUGAUACUAUUUUAAACUGAAAAUGUACAUUAAAGACAAAACGUUACCUUCAGUUCAUUUAACUAUGUUAUAACAUCAACAUCAAUGUCAUGGUCAUGAAAAGUAGCUUAUUCACAUAAUCAUGAAAUAAUCAGCCUACGUUUUGGUAAUGAUCUCAGUACCACCUCAGUGAUUUGUUUAAACUCUUAUCAGCCACUGUACUCUUAUGUUUUCUUCUUGUGUGUGUAGAUUGUUUUGGGAUGAUCAGACAGAACAACAUCUCUACUGUAAUUCACUGUAGCUCUUAACCAAAAUACUAUCAGUUAAAUUCACAGAGAAAUGGCACUAUCAAAAACACAGCAUCUGUAGAUAUUGCUAAUGAGAACUACUUUUUUGGAACUUUUUUGGUCCACUGCAGACUCAUUACUUCUUUUCCUAAUUUAAGUGCAUGUCUAAUUAUAAAUGUUAUGAAUAAUCUUGCUGCCACGAAAAAACAAAUUAACUAAUGUUUGAAUUUUAUAAGCAAUAGGUGUAGCACUGACACUUGUUUCCCCUCAUGCAAUUUCCUGUAUCAUCUAUUAUCCCAAAUUGGUGAGAGAGACGGGACUACUUAAUAGCCAUAAUGAAUUUACACAGACACACCACUAUGCUCUGCAUCCCUUCUACUGUGUUUUGUUUCCAUUAUUAAGAGGAGCAAAGUAUCUUAGACUGUAAAAGACUGCGUUCAGACGGGCUUACAAAUGUUUAUCCAAAUGCUUAUCCAAGCAAAUGAUCGCCAGAUAGCACUACAACAUCCAAAGUGCUUGUUAUUUUCCUGUUUAAGCCACCUGUUUUUUAUUUUGGCAUCGGCAUCUUCACAGUGGAUGCUUCUAUGGGACUCUACUUGGUUUUGUUUUGGAAAAGAGACCUUUUUUUGUCUACAUGGUGGGAAGGGACUGCAGAAUGAUAUUAGUGGAUAAGGGCUCAAUAUUUGUGGACUGUAGCCUUUUAUAUGGUUUUUGGUAUUUGCUUACAGUCCCAUGACAAAAAUAUGUUUAAUCCCUGAUCAUUUAAAAUAAUCUCUCAUUGAAUCCAAAACCACAUAUAAAGAGUUUACAGUAUUAAAUGCACUUUAAAAACCCGUAGAAAUUUAAAUUAUGACAACACUACUGGCAGGAAAUUGUCAGCACCUACGUGUGUGCCAGUCUCACCAAAGUUUAGCAAUCUCUGGAACAUCACACUCUCAUCAGCCGCCUUUAUUUUCUCAUUGGAAAAGACUGUGGUCUGGGUCCUUCGGUAAUGGAAGUGAAACAUUGUAACUGAGGUUGUUUCAUGAAUGGAUGAAUCUUUUGUGAUAUUUAUAGGUUGUGCCUUGUUCUAAAGUCGCAUUUAAUAUGUGAGAUACUUUUAAAAACAAAAUGACUAGUAAUAAUUCUAUGGUCUGAUAUAACCUCAUUCAUGUUUUGCUUCCUGCUUUAGUAGAUUAUUAAAGGGAGAUUUUAGUAAUUUGUUUCAAAAUAUGCAUUUAUUCAUCACACCAUUCAUCAGUAUGGAUUGUGUUAAUACUGGGUAAAAAUGGAAGUUUUGCAAGGUCUGAAAACAAAAGCUCGGCUGCAGUCGAAAUCAGCCGAAUGAUGAUGAAUGGUCGACUGUGUUGUCUGCAGUUGCUGACCUAUCAAUCUUCAAUAGUGGCUGGGACUAAGUGGACUUUUCAGGUGUGUGCUGGACUAAAUCCAACUGAAUGUCCUCUAAAAUGCAUUUCUUUUUCUUUUUCUAUUUUAUCAUUCAUCUUGUACCAUACUGUUUUCAUGUUACCUAGAAGUUUCUUACAUGCUAACAUUGUUUUGUUUGAGCAAAUGAAAUAAAAGUCGCAAUAAAUUUA